UGCGCAUGCGCAUCGCAUGAGUAGCCCACUACGUUUAUUUUGAAACGCUUUACCCGCGAAACACUUCAACUACAAACUAAUCUUUCCUGUUUUCCCCUCAUUAUUAUUGUUAUAAUAAUAAAAAUGAGUCUAGACACUCUUUUUGAGCAAAUUUUAUUGACAGAACAGCAAGUGUCAGAAAAUAUCAAGCAGCUUCAUGAAGUUAAAGCUGCCAUCAAGAGUGUACAGGACAAAAUAAACUCCUCACGUGAAAAACAGGAGGAAGCACAUCGUGAACUGGAUGAGAAGGCUCAGCUCCUGGCUGAAACCAAACUGCAGUUUGCAUUGAUGACAAAGCGACAAGAUCAACUGGAAAGGCAGAAAGAGGAACUCCUUGGACUGCAGAGAGAUCUCAAAGAAAACCUGGACAGACUGAAAAGAGAAUCCCGUGAAGAAAGAGAGAAAUUCUUGAAGGAAAUGAUAACUUUCAACAAUGAAUUCAACCUAAUCAGCAACCGAAAUGCUGUUUUUCACACCCAAACUCUAUCUAAAAUCCAGAGUUUGGAGCUGGAAGCUGAAACUCUACACAAAGAGAUGGACUUGCUGAAGCAAAAAAACACUUUGCUAAGCUCCAUGGAGGCAGAGAAGAGAUCACUAGAAGCUGAGCUCCAGGAUAUACAAUCACAGCUUACAGAUAUAGAGAGAGAUCUGAAGGAAGCAGUGGCACUGACAGAGAGUUUGAAGACAGAGAGGCUCAUGGUCCGUCAGAAACCCUUGACAGACAGCACUUGUAUUAGACUCAAGAAAGAGCUGGAGUUAUAUAAAGAAGAAGAGCUUGAGCUUCUGCGAGAGACCCUCAGCUCUGAGAUUCGCUUCCUGCAACUGGUAACUAUGUACUUUUCAAACACAAUGAAAUAAAAAAUGCACUACUACAAUCUACUUAUACCCAAAGCUAAGGCACUGAGGAAGUAUAUUUUAAGCAGUUUAGUCUGAAAAAUGGAUGAAAACAGCUAUUGAGCUUUCUAGGCACAUGCUAAUAGGAACGUGUUUGUUAUCACACAAUGAAGAAAACUUUUUUUCUUUGCAGAAGUUAUCACAGAAGGGCAUUUUGUGUUGAGAGGGCUUCAGUGAGACUUCAGCGUGUGCUUCAAAAACCCUCUGUGUUUUGUAGGCUUAUAUUACUGUCACUUAUGUUUUGCCUUUAAAUUAUUUUUAGUUGGUCACAGACUUCAUGUACAGUUUAAAGAAUAUUGUAACAACUAUAGUUUAGAUCUUGCUUAUUUGUACUGUUAAAAAAGUUUAAAUAAACUAGCUCUUUCUAGAGUAGAAAUGUUGUUAUUAGAUGCCCAUCUUCAUCCGAUUCUGUUAUGCAUUCACAUUGCAGUUUUAUCUAAAAUGCUGAUAACACUGGCAUCUAGUGGUUCUGUUGCAACAAUACAUCCCAAAGAGAACAUUUGAAUUACCUUUUAUCUAUGCUUGCAAAUAGACUAAAUUGUGUUCAUGUAAUUCCUAAAAAUAGGCUGCU